AUGCCCACACCAGUGCCUCGGAGACUUCUUCUUGCCCGGCUUCAAACCCAUGAUUCGGUUGUCCUCUUUCCCACAUUGUGCCUCAGUCUUUGGGGGCAUGUGUACGGCUUAAUUCAUAACGGCUGGUGUGAAAAUGCACCGCUUCUCUUCUUCCCCUCCUCAAUUGCGAGUGGCACACUCCUCUCGUCCUUCACGUCGGCAUUCCCAUCUAACCCUGGGGCACUACGCUGUUCGUGUGUCUCUCGACUGGUAUGCCCCGUCGUCAAGCCUGUCACCAGUCGCCUCCUCUUCAGGCACAGACACAAAAAAUACACACAAACACCGACGCACACACAUUUGGGGUCUAUAUUUGGCCCACCCAUACUUUUAGCCCUUUCUUUCUGA